AUGGCGGCUAAACAACAAGUCCUGAAUGCCCUCACACUGACGAGUUUGCUUUUCGCGUUUCUGCUCCAACCAUGUCGGACUUGUGCCGAAGAACUGACCUGGGAUCAGAACGGCUACGUGUUGUACUGCCCGUGCAUGGGUCGCUUUGGGAACCAGGCGGACCACUUCCUGGGGUCCCUCGCCUUUGCGAAGAUGUUGAACCGAACCCUGGCGGUCCCUCCCUGGAUCGUGUACCGCCACCACACCCCCCCUUACACCAACGUCCAUGUUCCCUACCGUGAGUUCUUCCGCCUGGAGGCGCUGUCGGCCUUCCACCGCGUGGUCAGCCUGGGGGACUUCAUGGAGAAGCUGGCGCCCGAUCACUGGCCCCCGAGGCAGAGGAGAGCCUACUGCUUCGAGACCGCCGCGCAGCGCAGCGUGGACAAGAAGUCCUGCCCCAUGAAGGACGGGAACCCGUUCGGUCCGUUCUGGGACCACGUCGGCGUGGACUUCGAUGCCUCGGUCUUGUUCUCCGGCCUUUCCUUCAGCGGCCACCACCAACUCCAGUGGAUGAAGAGGUUCCCUCCCUCGGAGCACCCGGUGCUGGCGAUGCCGGGGGCCCCCGCCCAGUUCCCGGUGACGGAGGAGCACGCCGGCCUGCAGCGCUACGUGGUGUGGUCGGACAAGAUGGUGGAGGAGGGGGAGGGGCACAUCGCCGCCCUGCUGACCCGGCCCUACGUCGGGAUUCACCUGAGGAUCGGCAUCGACUGGCAAAACGCCUGCAAGAUGCUGCAGAGCGGCGACGCCGGGCCUCACUUCAUGGCCUCGCCGCAGUGCGUCGGCUACAGCCGGCAGACGGCGCUGCCCCUCACCGCCGCCAUGUGUCUGCCCGACCUGCCGGAGAUCCUCAGGGCCGUCGGGCUGUGGGCGAAGAGGACGGCGGCGCGCUCCGUCUUCAUCGCCACCGACUCCGAGUCCCACAGCAGGGAGAUCGAGAAGUCCCUCGGGGGCAAGGUGAAAGUGGUGAGACUGGAGCCGGACUCGGCCCAAACGGACCUGUACAUCUUGGGCCGCGCGGACCACUUCAUCGGCAACUGCGUCUCCUCCUUCUCCGCCUUCGUGAAGCGAGAGCGCGACGUCGGCCGCCUCCCGUCCUCCUUCUUCGGCAUGGACAGGCCCGGGAGAUCCAACCCCAAAGAAGAGCUCUAGGCGUGAGGGUGGACGCCGGCGCCGCCUUUCGGACGCGAGGGGGCGGGGCAAGAGACUGUGGUCCGUAAAGACCCGACCUAUUUUUUUUAAUGGGUUUUAAUCCGCGAUUAAAGGAGGAGGGACUUCUGAAAUAUGAUGCUGCGGUGCCAAUGCUGUGACCCGGGACUCUUUAUCUGUGUCUGCUCCCCUGAAGCUGACGUGUUUCCAAGACUUAAAUUCCACCUGCUUGUCGCGGGAGCUCCUCUUUUACCCUCUUCUCUUUCUCUACCCCACCUUUUUCCAUCCCUCCUUUCCUUUUUCCAGCUCUCUCUCUCUUUUCCUCUGUGCCACUCCAUUCCAAGGGGAGCGCAGUAAGCCGAUCCUCCGGCACAUACUAAUUAGAGGGAGGAAAAAGGAGACCCUCUUUGCACAUCUCAAUUCCUAUCGGGACCGAAAAGCGGACUAAAAUGUGUGGAAGCCUGAACUGAAUGUUGGGGGCGGGGUGUCUGGUUAUUCACUGUGUGUGUGGAUGUUUAUGGGAUGUUUCUGGGAUGUUUUGGGCGAGACAAAAAAGUGAUUUGCACAGGCUGGGUUGAUCAAAAGUGGGGAUGUUGUGCAAGAUAAUUGUGUUAUUCUGUGUGAACGCUGUGAAUGCACAACAUUUGAGGUGGAAUUGUUUUUAUAAUGUGUUUUUUUCACCAAUAAAGUGAUGCACACUCA